CACCACACCAUCACAGGGAGACACGCAAACAGAGAAACCGGUCCUCCUCUCGCUUAUUUCUGCUUCUCCUCUCCGUCGGGCAGCGAGCCUCUGCACCCCGUCCUUAUCUCUUCAUCCCACCCCUCCGUCCAUCUCCUCCUUUUUAAUUAGCCCUCCUCUUCCUCCCUCUGAGUCAUCUCCCCUCCCCCCUCUGUCACACAUCCCUCACCCCUCCUCCUCCCCUCCUGUUUUCCUCUCUCUCUUUCCCGGUGCUCUGCCUCUCCAGUAUUUUCUCGGUGGCUGAGGAAGGCAGGACACACACAGGCGGCAGGUAAAGGCAGGAAACCCUCUCUUCCUCUGUUCGUCUGCUCAGCAAGGAUGUCCAUCGUCAGCAUCGUUGCCAGGGAGAUCUUGGACUCCCGAGGAAAUCCCACUGUGGAGGUGGACCUUCACACGGAAAAAGGUUUGUUCAGGGCUGCGGUGCCCAGUGGAGCAUCUACAGGAAUCUAUGAGGCUCUGGAGCUCCGAGAUGGAGACAAGAGCCGCUACAAGGGCAAAGGUGUUUUGAAGGCAGUCGGACAUAUCAAUGACACUCUGGGUCCGGCCCUCAUAGCCUCUGGCAUCAGCGUGGUGGAGCAGGAGAAGUUGGACAACAUGAUGAUCGAGAUGGACGGCACAGAAAACAAAUCUCAGUUUGGGGCCAACGCCAUCCUGGGAGUGUCUCUGGCCAUCUGUAAGGCCGGCGCAGCAGAAAAAGACACCCCCCUGUACCGCCACAUAGCCGACCUGGCCGGAAACACAGAGCUGGUGCUGCCGGUUCCUGCUUUCAAUGUGAUAAACGGAGGGUCUCAUGCAGGAAACAAACUGGCCAUGCAGGAGUUCAUGGUUCUGCCUGUUGGAGCCGAAUCUUUCAAGGAGGCGUUGAGGAUAGGAGCUGAGCUUUACCACACACUGAAGGGCGUGAUUCAGGAGAAGUAUGGCCAAGACGCCACCAACGUGGGAGACGAGGGAGGAUUUGCUCCCAACAUUCUGGAGAACAGCGAAGCUCUGGAUCUGCUGCAGACGGCCAUAGAGAAGGCCGGAUUCACGGACAAGGUGGUGGUCGGGAUGGACGUGGCCGCCUCAGAGUUCUACCGCGACGGGAAAUAUGACCUGGACUUCAAGUCGCCACCAGAUCCAGAGCGACACAUCAGUGGAGAGGAGCUGGCCGAUAUCUACCAGGGCUUCGUCAACAACUACCCAGUGGUGUCCAUCGAGGACCCAUUCGACCAGGACGACUGGGAGGCCUGGUCCCGUCUGACGGCCCAGGUGGGGAUCCAGGUUGUGGGUGACGACCUGACGGUGACCAACCCUAAGAGGAUAGAGAAGGCGGCCGAGGAACGAGCAUGCAACUGCCUGCUGCUCAAAGUCAACCAGAUCGGCUCAGUCACCGAAGCUAUCCAGGCGUGUAAGCUGGCUCAGGCCAACGGUUGGGGUGUGAUGGUCAGCCAUCGCUCAGGAGAGACAGAGGACACCUUCAUCGCCGACCUGGUGGUGGGACUCUGCACCGGACAGAUUAAGACCGGCGCCCCCUGCAGAUCUGAGCGACUGGCCAAGUACAACCAGCUCAUGAGAAUUGAGGAGGAGUUGGGCGACCAGGCUCGCUUUGCCGGCCAUAACUUCAGGAACCCCAGCGCCCUGUGAACCUGACAGACGAAUGACUCACGCACACACACACCUACACACACACACACGCACAUGCAUGCAAACACACACACAAACUGACCAACACGACAAACAAGGAAUGAGCCAUGUACAAAGAAAGAUUUCACUGAUUCAUGAAAACAAAAACAAAAAAAACACAAGCGCAAAGGAGCCAAGCAAAAAAAUAAAGAAUAAAUAACUGAAUAAAUUAUGCACUGGACUUACAGGUAGGGAGAUGAUGCUGUAUGCACACACACACAUAUAUAUAGAGUACACAGAUGCAACACAUGCUAAUGCACAUGCAGGGGAAUACCAUAAAAAUAUCAUAUUUAUAAGCCAGACAUGCACUGUUACUGUAGUUUCAGAGGAAUAGUUCAUGUACAGUCGGAGGGGAGACGUGCAAAAACAAAGAUUACUGUUGUAAAAAAAAAAAAAAAAGAUGAAA